AUGAUUUAUGCGAAGGAUUUCAUCGCCUCUCAAAUGUGUCGUUCCUCUGAGUUCACAACGUGCGAAGGCGAUUCACCACUAAUUGUUCAGUUCGCUUCAAAUGAUCCAGUUGAAUUCGCCACUGCCACAGAGUUUAUUUACAAAUUCUCAUCAGGAGUUGAUCUGAAUUGCGGCUGUCCGAAACGUGAUGUGGUACGUGAUGGUUAUGGGAGUGGGAUGCUAAAGAGUCCAGAUCGAAUCGCCGACAUCGUUGCGAAUUUACGAAGGCGUAUCACAUCGGAUUCUAGUUUUACAAUCUCAAUAAAAAUUCGCGUAUUCAAUGAUAUUCGUCGAACAGUAUCACUGUGCCGUCAAGUGCAGCAAGCCGGUGUAUCGUAUAUCAGUGUUCAUGGUCGCACACCCGAUCAACGAGGUGAAUCACCGAAUUACGACGCCAUAAAACUCGUCAAGUCAUCACUGUCGAUUCCAGUUAUUGCGAAUGGUGCUGUUCAUUCUUAUGAACAAGCACUUCAGUUGGUCAAGAGAACACACGUUGAUGGUGUGAUGGCCGCCAAUGGUCUUUUGGAUAAUCCGGCUAUGUUUGCCGGUCACCCGUCAACACCACUGCAGUGUAUUGCUGACUGGGUCAGUUUUUAUGCAACUGUAUGUGUACUCGUAAAUGAUUAA